AUGUUUGCGCCGUACGGGGGGGGCCCUGCGCCCUUCCCGCAGGGAGCAGCUUUUCCGUCUUCUGGGCCAUCUGGAUCAUCCGGGAGUGGGCGACCACCAGCAUUAGGCACCGUGCUCACCGGCACCGUCAAGAGCUAUAGCGCCAAAGGCUUCGGAUUCAUUUUGUGUCCAGAUGUGGACCACGACGUGUACUUUGCGCGUGAAAGUCUGCAAGACGGUUUGAGGACGGCCAACAUCGCCGGGACGGUUGUGCAAUUCGUGCUUCAAAGGGGCCUGCAUGGGAAGCCGCAGGCCACGUGCUUGCGCCCGCUCGAUGGGCAGAUAGCACCAAUGGCCUACAACCGAGGUUACACUCCAGAGCCGGGCCAGGGCUGGAACAAAGGAGGUUCCAGCUUCGCUGGCAAAGGGGCCGCUUUCGGAGGGGUGCCCACACCAGCAUUUGCGCAACAGUUUACACCACAGCCUCAAGUUCCUGCUGGAGGAUCCUGGCCAAACGUCGCGGGAGUUGCCGGGGUUGCUUCAUUGGGUGGCUGCAUGGGGACCACGAACAUGGCCGGCGGCAUGGCAACCGCACUGGCCGGUGGUGUGGCCGGCGGCAUGGUCGGCGGCAUGGCCGGCGGCAUGGCCGGCGGCAUGGUCGGUGGCAUGGCCGGUGGCAUGAGUCUAACAGGCCUCAGUGUCUCAUCCGGCCUUGGCUCGCCAAGACCGCCUGUGGCGCCGAAGCGAUUGUCCCCGCACGCAGGCUCGAGGGCUAUGGCCGGAUUGCCCACAAAGGCCGCUGAACAGCCGAGCGGUUCACCAAGCGGCAAAAGUUCCUCAGCAAGUUCAGAGCCUGAAAGCAGCGACAGCUCUUCCAGUGAAAAGAAGCGACGAAAAAAGAAAGACAAAAAGAAGAAAGGGAAGAAAGAAAGGAGUCGCUCGAGACGGAGAAAGUCAAAGAGCUCCAAGAAGAGUAGGCUGAGUGUGUCUUCAAGCAGUGGCAAGGAUCAGAAAGAGGAGCCGAGCUCCGAAGUGCAGCAAGCAAUCGAAAGUGCCAAAAGAGAGGUGUUGCAGCAGUUGGAGAACCUGAAGAAGGUCGAGCCCAAAGAGCAACGCAUGAAGGAGUGGAGAUCGCUAUUGCGAUCCUGGCAUCCUGACAAGAACCCCGAGAAAGCGGAAGUAGCCACGCAGGUCUUCCAGUUCUUGCAAAAGGGAAAGCUCCUUCUCGGCCUUUGA